GAUGCUGAUGAAAACACCAUCAAUGCUCCAGCUGCACCACCACCAAUGAUGCGAGCUGGACCCACAACACCGCGCAAGGGCCCCCCCAAGUUCAAGCAAAGGCAAACAAGACAGUUCAAAAGCAAGCCCCCUAAAAAAGGAGUAAAAGGUUUUGGAGAUGAUAUUCCAGGAAUGGAGGGACUUGGAACAGAUAUUACAGUGAUAUGCCCCUGGGAAGCUUUCAGCCAUCUGGAACUUCACGAAUUGGCACAGUUUGGAAUCAUCUAAUCCACUUGAAUUCUUGUCUCCCCUGGAGCUCAGAACAUCAUUUAUCACCUGUGACAUAUUUUCAUCUCUCCAUUUGAAUUUUGAUAUUGUGCAGAACAAUUGGCUUCGUGGGUAUGGGCUAACUCUGAGCAAUUUUCUUCUCAGGUUAACUUUGCAAGAAAUUAGGAAAGAAUGCUAAAGGUUCAGCUUGGUUCAUCAUCUUGAAAAAUUCCAACAUUUGCCUGGAAAAUACCCCGUGCUUUCUUCUCCCUAAAAUUCUCCAUAUUUGCAGUCUCCCACUAUCGUCCUGAAUCCCUUUGUACAUAAAGCCCUAAUAAGUACAGCUCUAAUUGCCUAUUGUGCCAGGAAGACUCAGGAGCAAGCUAAAUUCCAUGGAAAGUAAUAGAAAGGAAGGGAACACUGAACAGUCAUAUUCUUAACCAAGGUUUGUCAGUGUAGCUAUUAAGUGUCUGUUGCUCUAAUACAAAUAUACAUGAAAGCAUUACACUUUAAUUUAUCUCUUCUUACAUCUUUCCGUAAAAGCUCUCCUCAGCAGGUAAGAAACUAUUUGCAAGAAGCUACCUUAUCUUAUGAAGGUGGAAGUAGUAAAGAGUGCACUUCAUAC